AUGGUCAGUAACGGGUCGAGUGUCAGCACAAACUCCGGCUCUUCUGAGUCCUUUCGGUUGACUAUAAGUUCCAACUGUUCCUCUUCUCCAGAAUUAGACGUCGACUCCGAGUCUAUUUCAGGACUACUGAUACGAUCGGUACCCGUCGGUGACAACUGUUCCAGAGAUCCGAUAUCAAAGUGGUCGUCGUUGAUAUUCAACUUCUGGUCGCGACUCAAGUCAUCGGGAAUAUCGGUGGUAAUCGUCCCCUUAUGGAGCCGUACUUUCAAAUCAUUUUUCGUCGAGUUGUUCACUAAUGUGGUGCCGAAGACGUGCGAAAACUUCCGCGCCUUAUGUACGGGUGAAAUGGGUGUCGGCUCUCAGGGAAAACCUCUUCACUACAAGGGAUCCAUUUUUCACAGAAUAAUCCGUGAAUUUAUGGUUCAAUGCGGAGACUUCACUAACUUUAACGGAACCGGCGGUCAGAGUAUAUACGGCGAGAAGUUUGAAGACGAAAACUUUGAGCUUAAGCACGACAAACCCGGUAUCUUAAGUAUGGCAAACGCCGGCCCCAACACUAACGGCUCCCAAUUCUUCAUCACAACUGUCGCGACCCCUCAUUUGGAUGGAAAGCAUGUGGUCUUCGGACAAGUGGUCAGAGGGUUAGGCGUUGUGAAGCACUUGGAGAGCGUGCGAACCGAUGGUGACGUCCCAUUAGAAAAAUGUGUUGUCUCUGAUUGCGGACAAUUCAAAGCGGGAGAGGAUUGGAAUCUGAUUAUAAACGAUGGCACUGAAGAUGUGUUCCCUUCAUUUCCAGAGGAUUCUGACUUAGAUUUUACUUCGAUCGAUCAGAUCUUACAAAUCGGCGAAAAGAUCAAAACCGCUGGAAAUAUGUGUUUCAAGAAUGAAGACAUUGUUAACGCCAACAGUAAAUACAAGAAAGCGUUGCGUUAUUUGAAUAAAUUGCACGACAAUGACCUCAACGAUGACAUUACUAAACGUGUUGUCGCUCAAGAACUUCCAUGUCUUCUCAAUAGCGCGGCCUGUCUUCUGAGACUUAAACGAUAUGACGCGGCGCUGGAAGUGCUGAACGAAGCGCUAGACAUCGGACCCGACAAUGCAAAGGCUCUUUACAGGAGGGGUCAGGCCUUUCACGGGCGACGAGAGUACGAGAAAAGUUUAGCGGAUCUAAAGAGAGCGCAAACUCUGGCGCCGAACGACAAGUCCAUAUCGUCAGAGUUGGCGGCCGUUAACGGAGAGAUUGAGGCCUACAAAGCGAGGGAACGGAAGGCCUACGCGAAGAUGUUCUCAUAAAUGAUAGUUUUUCUUAAAUUACCGGUAAUUUGUAUUAUAGAGAGAAAAUUUCUGCGAAUUUGUAUAUAAAAGGCAACAAAACUUUUUUGAAUCCAAUACCAAAUGAAACCGAAAAUUGUUUUAUAUUCACGUUAUUAUGUCAUAAGCGUUGUCUCGAUUUGACGUCUAAUUUGGAUUAAUUGUGAUUCACAUCUGAUGUCAAACACACUAUUGUUUUUGCACUUAAUUUCCGUGACUUAAAGGAAAUGAAAUUCCGUUUUACGUUUUUCAUGAUUUUUAUAUUAUAAUAUGUUUAGUAUUUCGUUAAAGUUUAUCAUUUACUAUUGGGUUCUUUAAAGCCAUUACAGAACUGUAUAAAACACUUGUCGAAC